GGUAUUAUGAUUCAUGCUGUGGUAGGCUAUUCUCUUUGGCCCCCCUCAUUCCGCGCCCAGUCUCAAAACGCUCUUCCUGGUUUUAACUGAAUGUCAAGACACUUGGCUACAAAUUGUCAAAAAAGUAAAAAGCAGCCUAGUCAGAGGAGGAUGGAGCAACGAAUGAGAUUCCAGUAGUUUAAGGAAAAUUUCAGAUUUUGGAAACUUGGCUUUACACAAUGAAACACGAAUGAGAAGCAACUGUAAAACAUUCAGAAAAGCGUAUCAUCGCAGCAAGAGCCGCUGGCUAGCUUUACAGAAGUGAACUAUCUUGAAGAAAACAAUGGAGAACAAGGACAAAGUACAAAUGAGGACACACCCACGCAGGCAGCUAAAGAAGCUCAGUGAAGACAGUUUAACCAAGCAGCCAGAGGAAGUCUUUGAUGUGCUAGAGAAACUUGGCGAAGGGUCCUAUGGCAGUGUAUUUAAGGCCAACUAUAAAGAGACUGGGGAGAUUGUGGCCAUCAAGCAGGUCCCUGUGGAGUCUGACCUGCAGGAGAUCAUCAAAGAGAUUUCCAUAAUGCAGCAGUGUAACAGUCCCCAUGUUGUGAGAUACUACGGAAGUUACUUUAAGAACAGUGACCUGUGGAUCGUAAUGGAGUACUGCGGAGCUGGCUCUGUCUCCGACAUCAUUCGCCUGCGCAACAAAACGCUAACAGAGGAUGAGAUCGCCACCAUAGUGCAGUCCACACUGAAGGGACUGGAGUACCUGCACUUUAUGAGGAAGAUCCACAGAGACAUCAAGGCAGGGAAUAUCCUGCUAAACGCAGAGGGCCAGGCCAAGCUGGCUGACUUCGGGGUGGCGGGACAGCUGACUGAUACCAUGGCCAAGCGGAACACAGUGAUUGGCACUCCAUUCUGGAUGGCCCCUGAGGUGAUCCAGGAGAUUGGUUAUAACUGUGUGGCAGACAUUUGGUCCCUGGGCAUCACAGCCAUAGAAAUGGCAGAGGGAAAGCCUCCCUAUGCAGACAUCCACCCUAUGAGGGCCAUAUUUAUGAUUCCUACCAAUCCUCCACCGACGUUCCGAAACCCAGACUUGUGGUCGGAGCUGUUCCAAGAAUUUGUCUCCCAGUGUCUGGUGAAGAACCCAGAGAACAGAGCCACUGCCACACAGCUUCUACAGCAUCCAUUCAUUAAGGCUGCUAAGCCCAGCAGCAUCCUCAGAGCUUUGAUCACAGAUGCCAUGGAAAUUAAACUGAAGAAAGUGGAGGCCGAGCAGAGAGAACAGGACCAAGAGGACGAAGACAACUCGGACGAGGACGAGGUAGACCAGGGAACGAUGGUGAGGGCGGGCACUAGCGACAUGGGCACCAUCCGGGAGGCCGGUUCGCUAGGGGGCACGGCGAGGACCAUGAUCGAGCAGAGCGACAUGGGCACCAUGGAGUCUCAGCUGGGCACCAUGGUGAUCAACUCAGACGAUGACGAGGACGAGGAGGCCGGCACCAUGAAACGGAGAGAUGAGACCAUGCAGCCCGCCAAGCCGUCCUUCCUGGAGUACUUUGAGCAGAAAGAGAAGGAGGCCAACUGUCACGACGACAGUGGAGAAGACCCAGGACACAACGCUGACAACCGCAAACUGCCUGCGGAGGGGGACCUAGAGGUGAUGGGAACAUGGAGCGUGGAGGAGCUGAGGUUACGGCUGGCCUCCCUGGACCCCCAGAUGGAGCAGGAAAUCAGGGAGAUCCGCCAGCGCUACCUGGCCAAGCGCCAGCCCAUCCUGGACGCCAUCGAGGCCAAGAAGCGACGCCAGCAGAACCUCUGAGGCACUUUGACAUGCCCAUACUCAAACGUCUUAAGUGGACUCUUGGUCAUUCACACUGGACAAUGACACGGACAGAUUACUUCUGUUCAUUGCUUUGGACUCCUUCAUUGCUGUUCUUGUCUUUUUCUUUAUAGGAAAACCACUUAAUGCCACCAAGCAUCCAUUUUUUUUUGUCUUAAGUUAUUUUAAUUUUUUUGUUUAGGGCACUUGAGACCUCAAGUAUUCUUUUUUUUCACUCAUGUGGUACAAUUGUAGUAUCUUUCACUGUUGGUACUCUUGAAACAACUGCUGCAUUGGUAAUUGGAAAAUACUUUUAUACCAUACACUGUAUCAUUUUGUGUGUUUUACCACUUAUGUAAUAUGGUACUUAUUCCUUAAUUUGUAUUUAGGUUCUCCAUACUAUUCAUUUUUCAGCACAGUACAAUAUCCUGCCAAAGGGAAGUUCAAUUUACUUCAUGGGUAUAUGACCCAGGAGAACCUGAAUUUAAAUUCAAUAGAUAGUACCUCAGCCAGAGUUGAAUGCAUGUGCCACAAUAAAAAACAAAUUCAAACUUCAGAUACGUGCAUAGCUGAUGUUAAUGCUUGAUUUCAAGAAAACGUCAAGUUUCAUGCACAUAUUUGGAAUUUGUUUCUGAAUUAUGUAAUUUUAGAGAUAUUACAAUGAGGUUUGGUUAAAAGAUGUUUGAAAAAUGUAAGUGAAACCUUGUUUUUUGUGUUGAACCAUGGUGCACUUCGUUCAUUGUUAUUCACUGUACAGUUACUUCUCUAUUUUUGUUCAUAACUCAUCGUCAACAUUCCAUAGAGCAGGUUGUACUUAUUUUUUUAACAUUCAAACUUUUGGUAUACGUAAGGGCAAUCAUUUUGUAUAUAUAGUUUAGGCAGUUAUAUCCUUACGAGGAAGAUACAUUUUGUAUUUGUUGUGCUACAGAAAUUUGCAUUCGUGUGCAAACUAGCCUCUCAGGUCAGAUAUUCUCAGGUUCGUAUACAAGGACAGUAAAUUAGAAAUUAAACGAAAUAACCCAGUUUGAUGACCAAUAAGCACAAUUUAGUUAUCUGAAAAUAUUACUUGUUACAAGCAAAAAAGGGAAUGUAUUUAAUUGCCUUAUACUGCCUACUUAUUUGUUUUUCUGCUUUAUAAUUGUAAUAAUCACCUGUCAAUUUACUAGUUAAAAAAAAAAAGAAUUACAGUUAUUUAAUUACUGUAGGUUUAUAACUCCUCAAACCUUUGACAUAUCACUCAAUCUAAACAUCUGUUGAUCUGAUUAUUUAUUUGAGAUUUCACAUUGUUACUUACAACCAUUGUUUCUGAGUAAGGCGGUCUAUGUUUUUAUGUUAUAUUGAAAGGCAUUCAUUGAAGUAGAAAUCACUGGAAAGCAUUUCAGCCCUGUAAUAUGAAUGAAGAACUGGUGUGUACUCAAGUCUCCACUUGUCCUUAAAUUUAGUAUUCAUUCCAAGAAAAUGGUUUUCAAAUGUUGAUCCCUUAAAUUAUGCAAUGAAAGUCAUGCAUGUGUUUAAUAUCAGUGUUUGAUUUGUGUAUUUGUUGCGUGCCUAUUAAAACCAGUUUAAGGAAUGUG